GUACCUACAUGCUGCUCUCGACUCCACUGUCGCUGUGGUGAGCCGAUCGCAAACACUUAUUAUAAGAUUUCGUAUAAAUAUUUUUUUUACAACAGAGCAAAACCAAAACCUCGUUAAGAUUUGCUUGUGUGGCGUUGCUUGGAAGUGUCACAGUGUCACACUUGGAGCAACUUUCCGAAAGAAGGAACGAUCUAUUAGACAUAAUAUUUGUAUGUCACUUAGUAGUGAUAGCGUCUCUUCCGCCUCCAAGUCGUGCUUGAAGAGCGAGGACUGCGAUAAUAUUAAUCGCAUCUAGAGCGUCAGUCAAUAAAAACACUUUACAAGUAUUGACUUAGGCAAUAAUAUAUUAAUGUCUUACAAACUCUUGGAUCGAGCUGUUGGCAGGAUUGGCAAACAUUAACCGUUCAGUGUUCAAAGUGUAAUUAAAAUGGAAGCGAAAAAGGGUGACGUUAAAGAAGACAAAGUGUACGAAAUAUGGGAAGUUCUUGAAAAAUAUGGAAAGUACCAGAUUACGCAGUAUUUGCUGGUCUGCGUGGCUACAUUCUUCGUGACCAUGUGUAACAUCAACUACAUAUUUGUGGUUGGAGACGUGGGAUACCGAUGUCGAGUGCCACAAUGUGAAGGUGCUACUGAGGCCUUCCAAGUGUCAUGGUGGCCCAACAGCUCCAUAGACAGAUGUUGGAGCCCUAAGCUGGACAACAGUUCCAUAGGGUGCUCGUCAGAUGCCUUCACCGAGGAGGUGGAGCGCUGCAGCAGCUGGGUCUACGAGAGCCAGAACAGCGUAGUCUCCCAUCUCAAUCUUGCCUGCCAACCGUGGCAGAUCAAUAUGGUGGGCACCAUACACAAUCUGGGAAUGUUGUUCUCUAUGUUGAUAACUGGCUGGAUCUCUGAUAGGUACGGCCGCAAGAAGAUUGUAAUAUUUUGUUUCACCACGUGUUUUGUGGGUAUUUUCAAAAUCUUCGCCGCAUCGUACCCGGUGUAUGUAACUAUAGAGUUCUUAGAGGCGUUGCUGAGCGGAGGAUGCUAUGCUGUGGCAUCUAUUAUGAUGAUAGAAAUAACUGGAAGAAAGUACCGCAUACUUUCCGGAGUGUUGUUCGCUUAUGCCGUCUACAUGGGAGAGACGUGUUUCGCUACUUUAGCAAUAUUAAUACCGCACUGGAAGAACCUCGUCCUAGUGAUGUACGGGCCUUGCAUUCUGUUCCUGGGUCUAGUUUUCACGUUGCACGAGAGCCCGCGGUGGCUGAUACUAAACGGGAAAACCGAGCAAGCUAUAAACAACCUGAAGGUGAUUGCCAAGACAAAUAACAUAAAGAUAAACGAACAAGAUCUAUGUAAUUUGGACGAUAAGCAGUUGAGACAGAAGUUUGACAUUCAGAAUUAUGAGACGAGGGAAGGGCUUAAGGAAGUGUUUAAGUCCAGGGAGAUGGUGAAGCGUUUGCUGGUUGGGCUCUCGGCUAGAUUCUCGUCUAACUUUGUGUACUACGGGCUCAUGAUCAACUCUGUGUAUCUGCCGGGGAACAAGUACACCAACUUCCUGCUGGCCACGGUUAUGUCCUUCCCCGGGGAGCUGUUGAGCUUGUACUUGAUGAACAAGAUCGGCAGGAAGCUGCCGCUUAUCGUCGGGUUCGCCAUCAGCGGCGCUGUGUGCGUGUUAUCGGCGUUUAUACCAGAUAGUUUGAGCUGGGCGAAAAUCACUUGCUUCCUGGUGGGCAAGGUGAUUGUCGCAGUGUGCUUCACGGGCGGCAUAACGUAUACCAUGGAGCUGUUCCCGACCAGCGCCCGCGGCUCGCUGCUGGGGCUGUGCUCGCUGUCCGCGCGGCUUGGCGGCAUGCUGGCGCCGCUGACGCCGAUACUGAAUGGAGUAUCAGUUAUCCUGCCAGCGCUUUGCUUCGGGGCGUCAGCAGUGAUCACGGGCCUCAUGAUCAUGCUCACUCCUGAGACGAAGGGCAUGCCUCUUAUGGACACGAUAGAACAAGUCAAAGCCAGCAAAGAGAACAGGAAAACUCACAUGGAACCGAACAACAUCGGAGUCAGUGAAGAGUGUGGCAGAACUUAAAAUAUUAUUUGCUUAUGCAUAUGGCAUAAUAAAGGUCAUAGCAGACUUAUCAACUCAGAAAGGGAUCAACACCGUAUCGCCUUUCGCGCGCUAUCAACCGCGAGGCGAGGCGUUUAUAGUUCCAAAAUACUGAACUGUCCUAUGCAUGACAUUGACAGUGGGGCGCCACCGUCAAUACCGGAUCGCUGGUUCCGAUUUUUGCCAUGUUGGAAACCAUAUAGUUAGUUGAACGAUGGUAGCGCCCCCCUGUCAUUGAGUUUGGUGGGACAGUUCAGCGUGGGUCAUCUAUACGUUACCAUGCGGAUAAGUGUGCUGUCCCUUUCCGAGUUGAUAAAUGUACUACGUCCUUAAAAGGGAAUGUAGGAGACCCACAAUCUCCUGCAUUCGUUGAGUCAUAGCAUAGACCUUUUUGUCUCAUACCACUAUUGUAGUACACUGUGAUAACUUGAAACUUAUCUUGUUUUGAGCCAAAUAAAUACUUUCCAUCUACCUA